CGUGCGGCAUCCCCGCUUCUUACCCCCGGCGUCAUGAGCGCCGUGCCCGAAGCCCAGGCUGAGGAGGCGCAGCCCAGCAUCAUAGACGGGAAGAUCCUCUCCAAGCAAGAUGAGCGUGAGCGCGUCCAGAAGAAGACCUUCACCAAGUGGGUUAACAAUCACCUGCAGAAGGUGAACGCUAAAAUCUCCGACCUCUUUGAGGACCUGCGAGAUGGACACAACCUCAUCUCCCUGCUGGAGGUCCUCUCCGGAGAGAAGCUGCCCCGAGAGAAGGGCAGCAUGGCUUUCCACAAGCGCCAGAAUGUGCAGUUCGCUCUGGAAUUCCUGCGCAAUCAAAACGUGAAGCUGGUGAACAUCCGCAGUGAUGACAUCGUGGACGGAAACCCCAAGCUCAUCCUAGGCCUCAUCUGGACCAUCAUUGGUCACUUCCAGGUGCCGGACGUGAGUGUGGGUGAGGAGCACACGGCGCUCCGUGCCGAAGACAAACUGCUGCUGUGGGUGCGCGGCGUCAUCGCCGGCACCCCGGGGCUCGUGUGCAACGACUUCACGAGCUCGUGGCGUGACGGCCACGUGUUCUGCGCCCUCCUGCGCUCGCAUCUGCCAAAGGCCGUGGACCUCGAUCAGCUGUCUCGGAGGAACGUUCACGAGAGGCUGGAGUUGGCCUUCUCCCAGGCAGAGCAGCACUUGGGCGUCCCCAGAAUCCUCGACGUGGAAGAUGUCGAUGUCCCAACGCCAGACUCAAAGUCAAUUAUGACUUACGUCUCCUUGCUCUACACAGCUUUCCAGAAGAAAAUCACAGAGGAAGAGGCUGCAAGAAGUGCAAGUACCAAAGGACUCAGCUUGUCAGAAGUUGAAGUUAUUUUAAAAAACACAAAACAGAAGGUGGGUUCCAAAGCGGAACCCAAGUCCCUGUGGGAUCUGCUCCACUCGGAAUAUUUCAGUGAAGACGAUAGACGCAAACUCAUUGAGGAAUUCCGGCUGGGAAAGCUGACACUCGAAAAGAUGUCUGAAGCCAUCUUGAAGAAUGUGCAGAUGAAGCAGAGAGAAAAUGUCAAGUUCAGAGGCCUUAGGCGAGAGGUGUCGCUCAAGCUUCUUGUGGACUCGCACAUUGUGGACGACAAAACAGCGAACGAGGUUGUUGAAGGCUCAAAAUCCGUUUCUGAAAUCACCAAAACCAUCGACCGGUACUUAGGAAGUUCUAAGAGCAUUGCUGGGCUGUACAUCGAAAAAACCCAAGAAAAGAUUCCACUUUACAAAGCCAUGGUGAAGAGAAUGUUACGCCCAGGGACCACUCUGGAACUCUUGGAGGCACAAGCUGCCACUGGCUUCUUGAUAGACCCAGUGAAUGACCUCAAGAUGUCUGUGGAGGAUGCCGUGGACAAGGGGCUCGUAGGGUACGAUUUUAAGGAUAAGCUUAUGUCUGCAGAGCGUGCGGUGACAGGUUACACGGACCCGGUUACUAAGAAAACUAUUUCCCUGUUCCAAGCGAUGGAUAAAGAUCUAAUACUUAAGAGCCACGGCAUCCGCCUUUUGGAAGCUCAAAUCGCCACAGGUGGAAUCAUUGACCCGCAGGCCAGCCAUCGUCUUCCAGUGGAAGUGGCCUACAGCCGAGGACUGUUUGAUGAGGAGAUGAACCAAAUAUUGUCCGACCCCAAUGAUGACACUAAGGGAUUUUUUGAUCCAAACACUGAAGAGAACCUCACUUAUUUAGAAUUGAUGCAACGUUGCAUCACUGACCCUGACACAGGUUUAUGCUUGCUACCUUUGAAGGAAAAAGGUAACAAGUUUGGGAUUGUCAGUUCAGGUGAUGGUCUGAAACUAAUCCAAUCAAACAUUGUUCAAAGUGCCCAGAUCGAAACUUCUUCCCAUACCACAACGAUAAAAAUAACUACAAUCACAUUAACAGAAGAGGAAGUGUGGAAACAACUUCAAAAUGCAUAUAUUGACAUAUCCUUUGGGAAGUUUUCUGGAAAGAAGCUGUCAAUUAAAGAGUUAUUUGAAACAGAUCUCAUCGAUGAAGCCACGAAAAGGAAACUACUAGACGACUUCAGAUCUGGCAAAAUUUCAUUUGAGAAACUAAUGAUCAUGAUUACUGAAAUAAUUGAGCGACAAAAGCAAAGUCAAAAGGGUAGAAGUAUUUCAUUUAAGGGGCUGCGAAAGCCAGUGUCUGUAGAAGAACUGGUCAAAUCAAAACUCUUGGACAGUAAAACGGUAGAGCAGUUGAUGCAAGGCCUAAAAUCAGAGGAAGAAGUUAGGCGUUCGAUACAAAACUACCUUGGCGGAUCAACUGCUAUUGCCGGAGUUUACAUUGAAGCAACAAAGGAAAAAAUGUCCAUAUACAAUGCCUUGAAGAAGGGAUUUUUGAGGCCAGGAACCAGUUUGGUUUUGCUGGAAGCACAGGCAGCUACAGGAUUCAUUGUUGAUCCCAUCAACAACCUCAAACUGUCAGUGGAUGAGGCAGUGGAACAGAAAGUAGUGGGAUGGGAUUACAAAGACAAACUCCUUUCAGCAGAGCGAGCCGUCACUGGGUACACAGAUCCAUACUCUAAAGAAACAAUCUCACUGUUCCAGGCCAUGAAGAAGGAACUCAUCUUGAAAGAUCAUGGCAUCCGGCUCUUGGAAGCUCAAAUCGCUACUGGUGGCAUCAUUGACCCGCAGGCCAGCCAUCGUCUUCCAGUGGAAGUGGCCUACAGCCGAGGACUGUUUGAUGAGGAGAUGAACCAAAUAUUGUCCGACCCCAAUGAUGACACUAAAGGUUUCUUUGAUCCAAACACUCAGGAGAACCUCACGUAUUUAGACCUCAAGAAUCGCUGCAUCACCGAACCAGAGACUGGACUGUGUUUGCUGCCAAUUAAAGACAAGAACUCAAAAACAACGACACUCAUUGUCAGCAGUGAAACCGUGCAGACUGACAGUCAAGGAAAAAAUAAAUCCAAUAAUGGUGUAGAUCUUAAGAUGGAGAAAUCUGAAGUGGUAUCAAGUGGGGUCCCACGUAUUGUCCAGGAAAGUGAAAUGUUGGACACGUUCACAAAGUCAACGGUUACGAUCAAGAGUGGAAAAUUUGCCAACAGAAAAAUGUCUAUACUGGAAAUAUUUGAGACUGAUCUGGUUGACAAAGAAAGGAAAGAGAAAUUAAUAAAUGAUUAUAAAACUGGAAAGAUUUCUCAGGAGAUUUUGCUCAUCAUGAUAAUUGAAAUAAUUGAGACAGAGAGAAUGAGUGAAAAAAUGAAAAACAUGAAAUUUAAAGGACUACGAAAGCAGGUGACAUUGGAUGAGCUGUUCAAGUCAAAAAUUGUGGACAUGAAAACCGUCCAACAACUGGAUGAUGGUGAGAAAACUCAGGAUGAAGUGGGAAGUUCUAUACUAAACUAUCUAGAAGGAUCAACUGCUAUUGCUGGCCUAUACAUUGAAGCAACCAAAGAAAAAAUGUCUAUAUACAAUGCCUUGAAGAAGGGUUAUUUGAGGCCAGGAACCAGCUUGGUUUUGCUAGAAGCGCAGGCAGCUACAGGGUUCAUUGUUGAUCCCAUCAACAACUUGAAACUGUCAGUGGAUGAAGCGGUGGAACAGAAAGUAGUGGGAUGGGAAUACAAAGACAAACUCCUUUCAGCAGAGCGAGCUGUCACUGGGUACACUGAUCCGUACUCUAAAGAAACACUUUCACUCUUCCAGGCCAUGAAAAAGGAACUCAUCUUAAAAGACCAUGGGAUCCGCCUCCUGGAAGCUCAAAUCGCCACAGGCGGCAUCAUCGACCCGCAAGCCAGCCAUCGUCUUCCGGUGGAAGUGGCCUACAGCAGAGGACUGUUUGAUGAGGAAAUGAACCAAAUAUUGGCCGAUCCCAGUGAUGACACCAAGGGCUUUUUUGAUCCAAACACUGAAGAGAACCUCACAUAUUUAGAUCUCAAGCAGCGCUGCAUCACUGACCCUGACACAGGUCUAUGCCUGCUAUCUCUGAAGGAAAAACGAACCAAGUUUGGGAACGUCAGUUCAAGUGAUGUUCCAAAAAUAGUUGAAUCAAAGACUGUUCAGAGUGCUCAGAUUGGAACAUCAUCCCAAACUACAACAAUUACAACGACCACUACGACCACACUUACAGAAGUAGAAAUUUGGAACAAACUUCAAAAUAAAUAUAUUGAAAUAUCCUUUGGGAAGUUCUCUGGAAAGAAGCUGUCACUAAAAGAGUUAUUUGAAACAGAUCUCAUUGAUGAAGCAACGAAAAAGCAACUACUAGACGACUUCAGAUCUGGCAAAAUUUCAUUUGAGAAACUAAUUAUCACAAUUACUGAAAUAAUUGAACGACAGAGGCAAAGUCAAAAGGGUAGAAGCAUUUCAUUUAAGGGGCUGCGAAAGCCAGUGUCUGUAGAAGAACUAGUCAAAUCAAAACUCUUGGACAGUAAAACAGUAGAGGAGUUGAUGCAAGGCCUAAAAUCAGAAGAAGAAGUUAGGCGUUCGAUACAAAACUACCUUGGCGGAUCAACUGCUAUUGCCGGAGUUUACAUUGAAGCAACAAAGGAAAAAAUGUCCAUAUACAAUGCCUUGAAGAAGGGAUUUUUGAGGCCAGGAACCAGUUUGGUUUUGCUGGAAGCACAGGCAGCUACAGGAUUCAUUGUUGAUCCCAUCAACAACCUCAAACUGUCAGUGGAUGAGGCAGUGGAACAGAAAGUAGUGGGAUGGGAUUACAAAGACAAACUCCUUUCAGCAGAGCGAGCCGUCACUGGGUACACAAAUCCAUACUCUAAAGAAACAAUCUCACUGUUCCAGGCCAUGAAGAAGGAACUCAUCUUGAAAGAUCAUGGCAUCCGGCUCUUGGAAGCUCAAAUCGCUACUGGUGGCAUCAUUGACCCGGAGGCCAGCCAUCGUCUUCCAGUGGAAGUGGCCUAUAGCCGAGGACUGUUUGAUGAGGAGAUGAACCAAAUAUUGUCCGACCCCAAUGAUGACACUAAAGGUUUCUUUGAUCCAAACACUCAGGAGAACCUCACGUAUUUAGACCUCAAGAAUCGCUGCAUCACCGAACCAGAGACUGGACUGUGUUUGUUGCCAAUUAAAGACAAGAACUCAAAAACGACACUCAUUGUCAGCAGUGAAACCGUGCAGACUGACAGUCAAGGAAAAAAUAAAUCCAAUAAUGGUGUAGAUCUUAAGAUGGAGAAAUCUGAAGUGGUAUCAAGUGGGGUCCCACGUAUUGUCCAGGAAAGUGAAAUGUUGGACACGUUCACAAAGUCAACGGUUACGAUCAAGAGUGGAAAAUUUGCCAACAGAAAAAUGUCUAUACUGGAAAUAUUUGAGACUGAUCUGGUUGACAAAGAAAGGAAAGAGAAAUUAAUAAAUGAUUAUAAAACUGGAAAGAUUUCUCAGGAGAUUUUGCUCAUCAUGAUAAUUGAAAUAAUUGAGACAGAGAGAAUGAGUGAAAAAAUGAAAAACAUGAAAUUUAAAGGCUUACGAAAGCAGGUGACAUUGGAUGAGCUGUUCAAGUCAAAAAUUGUGGACAUGAAAACCGUCCAACAACUGGAUGAUGGUGAGAAAACUCAGGAUGAAGUGGGAAGUUCUAUACUAAACUAUCUAGAAGGAUCAACUGCUAUUGCUGGACUAUACAUUGAAGCAACCAAAGAAAAAAUGUCCAUAUACAAUGCCUUGAAGAAGGGUUAUUUGAGGCCAGGAACCAGCUUGGUUUUGCUAGAAGCGCAGGCAGCUACAGGGUUCAUUGUUGAUCCCAUCAACAACUUGAAACUGUCAGUGGAUGAAGCGGUGGAACAGAAAGUAGUGGGAUGGGAAUACAAAGACAAACUCCUUUCAGCAGAGCGAGCUGUCACUGGGUACACUGAUCCGUACUCUAAAGAAACACUUUCACUCUUCCAGGCCAUGAAAAAGGAACUCAUCUUAAAAGACCAUGGGAUCCGCCUCCUGGAAGCUCAAAUCGCCACAGGCGGCAUCAUCGACCCGCAAGCCAGCCAUCGUCUUCCGGUGGAAGUGGCCUACAGCAGAGGACUGUUUGAUGAGGAAAUGAACCAAAUAUUGGCCGACCCCAGUGAUGACACCAAGGGCUUUUUUGAUCCAAACACUGAAGAGAACCUCACAUAUUUAGAUCUCAAGCAGCGCUGCAUCACUGACCCUGACACAGGUCUAUGCCUGCUAUCUCUGAAGGAAAAACGAACCAAGUUUGGGAACGUCAGUUCAGGUGAUGUUCCAAAAAUAGUUGAAUCAAAGACUGUUCAGAGUGCUCAGAUUGGAACAUCGUCCCAAACUACAACAAUUACAACGACCACUACGACCACACUUACAGAAGUAGAAAUUUGGAACAAACUUCAAAAUAAAUAUAUUGAAAUAUCCUUUGGGAAGUUCUCUGGAAAGAAGCUGUCACUAAAAGAGUUAUUUGAAACAGAUCUCAUUGAUGAAGCAACGAAAAAGCAACUACUAGACGACUUCAGAUCAGGCAAAAUUUCGUUUGAGAAACUAAUGAUCACAAUUACUGAAAUAAUUGAACGACAGAGGCAAAGUCAAAAGGGUAGAAGCAUUUCAUUUAAGGGGCUGCGAAAGCCAGUGUCUGUAGAAGAACUGGUCAAAUCAAAACUCUUGGACAGUAAAACGGUAGAGCAGUUGAUGCAAGGCCUAAAAUCAGAGGAAGAAGUUAGGCAUUCGAUACAAAACUACCUUGGCGGAUCAACUGCUAUUGCCGGAGUUUACAUUGAAGCAACAAAGGAAAAAAUGUCCAUAUACAAUGCCUUGAAGAAGGGAUUUUUGAGGCCAGGAACCAGUUUGGUUUUGCUGGAAGCACAGGCAGCUACAGGAUUCAUUGUUGAUCCCAUCAACAACCUCAAACUGUCAGUGGAUGAGGCAGUGGAACAGAAAGUAGUGGGAUGGGAUUACAAAGACAAACUCCUUUCAGCAGAGCGAGCCGUCACUGGGUACACAAAUCCAUACUCUAAAGAAACAAUCUCACUGUUCCAGGCCAUGAAGAAGGAACUCAUCUUGAAAGAUCAUGGCAUCCGGCUCUUGGAAGCUCAAAUCGCUACUGGUGGCAUCAUUGACCCGGAGGCCAGCCAUCGUCUUCCAGUGGAAGUGGCCUAUAGCCGAGGACUGUUUGAUGAGGAGAUGAACCAAAUAUUGUCCGACCCCAAUGAUGACACUAAAGGUUUCUUUGAUCCAAACACUCAGGAGAACCUCACGUAUUUAGACCUCAAGAAUCGCUGCAUCACUGAACCAGAGACUGGACUGUGUUUGCUGCCAAUUAAAGACAAGAACUCAAAAACAACGACACUCAUUGUCAGCAGUGAAACCGUGCAGACUGACAGUCAAGGAAAAAAUAAAUCCAAUAAUGGUGUAGAUCUUAAGAUGGAGAAAUCUGAAGUGGUAUCAAGUGGGGUCCCACGUAUUGUCCAGGAAAGUGAAAUGUUGGACACGUUCACAAAGUCAACGGUUACGAUCAAGAGUGGAAAAUUUGCCAACAGAAAAAUGUCUAUACUGGAAAUAUUUGAGACUGAUCUGGUUGACAAAGAAAGGAAAGAGAAAUUAAUAAAUGAUUAUAAAACUGGAAAGAUUUCUCAGGAGAUUUUGCUCAUCAUGAUAAUUGAAAUAAUUGAGACAGAGAGAAUGAGUGAAAAAAUGAAAAACAUGAAAUUUAAAGGAUUACGAAAGCAGGUGACAUUGGAUGAGCUGUUCAAGUCAAAAAUUGUGGACAUGAAAACCGUCAAACAACUGGAUGAUGGUGAGAAAACUCAGGAUGAAGUGGGAAGUUCUAUACUAAACUAUCUAGAAGGAUCAACUGCUAUUGCUGGACUAUACAUUGAAGCAACCAAAGAAAAAAUGUCCAUAUACAAUGCCUUGAAGAAGGGUUAUUUGAGGCCAGGAACCAGCUUGGUUUUGCUAGAAGCGCAGGCAGCUACAGGGUUCAUUGUUGAUCCCAUCAACAACUUGAAACUGUCAGUGGAUGAAGCGGUGGAACAGAAAGUAGUGGGAUGGGAAUACAAAGACAAACUCCUUUCAGCAGAGCGAGCUGUCACUGGGUACACUGAUCCGUACUCUAAAGAAACACUUUCACUCUUCCAGGCCAUGAAAAAGGAACUCAUCUUAAAAGACCAUGGGAUCCGCCUCCUGGAAGCUCAAAUCGCCACAGGCGGCAUCAUCGACCCGCAAGCCAGCCAUCGUCUUCCGGUGGAAGUGGCCUACAGCAGAGGACUGUUUGAUGAGGAAAUGAACCAAAUAUUGGCCGAUCCCAGUGAUGACACCAAGGUUUUUGAUCCAAACACUGAAGAGAACCUCACAUAUUUAGAUCUCAAAGCAGCGCUGCAUCACUGACCCUGACACAGGUCUAUGCCUGCUAUCUCUGAAGGAAAAACGAACCAAGUUUGGGAACGUCAGUUCAAGUGAUGUUCCAAAAAUAGUUGAAUCAAAGACUGUUCAGAGUGCUCAGAUUGGAACAUCAUCCCAAACUACAA